AUGGAUCAGAGGGAUGCGCACGAUAUAGAGAGUGAUGCAAUGGCAGAGCUGGACAUGGAUGGAUCGACGAAUUCAGAGCGGAGUUCAGACGGAGCGAUCAGAGCGCCCCUUCUGAGCAGGAGUAGAAUCAAUACUACCUCUCAGAUUGCCAUCGUUGGGGCCAAUACUUGCGCCAUCGAAAGCCUCGACUACGAGUACGCACUUACCUGA